AUGCCUCGCCCGGGCAGAAACACUUACAGCGACCAGAAGCCUCCCUACUCCUACAUCUCGCUGACCGCCAUGGCAAUCCAGAGCUCCCCGGAGAAGAUGCUGCCCCUGAGCGAGAUCUACAAGUUCAUCAUGGACCGCUUCCCCUACUACCGGGAGAACACUCAGCGCUGGCAGAACUCCCUCCGCCACAACCUCUCCUUCAACGACUGCUUCAUCAAGAUCCCGCGCCGCCCCGACCAGCCGGGCAAGGGCAGCUUCUGGGCGCUGCACCCCAGCUGCGGGGACAUGUUCGAGAACGGCAGCUUCCUGCGCCGCCGCAAGCGCUUCAAGGUGGUCAAGUCGGACCACCUGGCCCCCAGCAAGCCGGCGGACGCGGCGCAGUACCUGCAGCAGCAAGCCAAGCUGCGGCUCAGCGCCCUCGCGGCCACCGGCACCCACCUGCCCCAGAUGUCCACGUACAAUCUCGGCGUGUCCCAGCCCUCCAGCUUCAAGCACCCCUUCGCCAUCGAGAACAUCAUCGCCAGAGAGUACAAGAUGCCCGGGGGCCUCGCCUUUUCUACGAUGCAGCCCAUGCCGGCUGCCUACCCCCUCCCCAAUCAAUUGACUACGGUGGGCAGCUCCAUUGGCACGGGCUGGCCCCACAUGUACAGCUCCGGCAUGAUCGACACCGCCACCCCCAUCUCCAUGGCCAGCAGCGAGUACGGCGCCUACGGCGUGCCCAUCAAACCCCUCUGCCAUGGGGGGCAGACUUUGCCGGCCAUCCCCGUCCCCAUCAAGCCUACCCCUGCCGCGGUGCCAGCCCUGCCCGCCCUGCCCGCGCCCAUCCCCACCAUCCUCUCGAACUCGCCGCCCUCCCUCAGCCCCACGUCCUCGCAGACGGCCACCAGCCAAAGCAGCCCGGCCACCCCCAGCGAGACUCUCACCAGCCCGGCGCCCGCCCUGCACUCCGUGGCUGUGCACUGA